AUGGAGAAGAUCAGAAAUGAGAUCUUCAGAGCACACCCACUCAGAAUUGUUUUGUUUGGAAAAAGUGACGAAAAGAAGUCAGCCCUGGGAAACAUCAUCAUGGAGAAAAAAGAAUACAACCUUCCAAACAUUUUUCAAAGUUCCCGGUACAGCUCAAACAAACAGUGUGUCUCUGCCAGAGGAGAGUGGAACCAGAAACCAGUAAUCGUGAUAAAAACUCCAGACUUGUCCAGUCUGCCAUUGGAAACGGUGAGACGAGAGAUGAAGCACUGUGUGGAUUUUUGUUCUCCUGGACCAAAUGUUCUGCUGCUGUUGGUGAAACCUGAUGAAUUCACUGAAGAUGACAGAAAAACACUGACGUUCCUCCUCACUUUGUUUGGUCCAGAUGCCUUCAAACAUUCGAUGGUCAUCAUGACACACGAUGAGAGGAAAGAGAAUCUCUCUGUAGAUCAUCUCAAACAAGACUGUAGACAAAUACAUCACAGAGUGAGUUUUGAUAAAAAGGAAAUUCCUUCCAAUGAACGACAAGAAUUAAUGCAAAAAUGUGAAGAAAUUGUUUGUAAGAACAUGGGAUCAUAUCUAAUGUUUAAUGAAGGAAAUGAUUCUGUGAGGGUUAACUAUCCCAAACAUGUUCUGAACAUGGUUCUGUUUGGUAGAAGAGGAGCUGGAAAGACAACAGUUGUCAACGCCAUUCUAGGAAACAGCAGGUAUGGUCCUCAGCCUAACUCAUCAAAGUGUGUUCAACAUCAGGGGGAGGUGUGUGGACGUUUGGUUUCUGUGCUGGAGCUGCCUCCUCUGUACGAGAAACCACACGAGGAAGUGAUGGAGGAAUCACUCAGGUGCGUCUCCCUCUGUGAUCCUGAGGGGGUCCAUGCCUUCAUCCUGGUCCUACCUGUGGGUCCCCUCACUGAUGAAGACAAGGGAGAGUUACAGAUCAUCCAGGACACGUUCAGCUCUCGAGUCCAAGACUUCACCAUGAUUCUGUUCACUGUGGACUCAGACCCUGCAGCUCCAGCUGUCGUUAACUUUGUACAGAAGAACAAGGACCUCCAGGAGCUCUGUCAGAGCUGUGGAGGAAGAUAUUUUGUUCUCAACAUCAAGGACAAGAAGCAGAUCCCAGAACUGUUGGAGACCGUGGAAAAUGCGAUCCUUCACAAAAAGGAACAACGUUACUUCUCUGUAGACACGUUUGUGCAGGCCCAAAUAAAAAAGAACAUUGAACACGAAUAUCACAUCACCAAACUAAAUGCUGAAAUGAAGAAACUAAAAAAAACUCAGAUGGAGACCAGUGAAGAAGUGAAGAAGAAGUCGGAUUGUUUGAGGAUUGUGCUGCUUGGAAAGACGGGCUGUGGAAAGAGCUCUUCGGGAAACACAAUUAUGGGGAAUAAACUUUUUAAAGCAGAAUCAAAUCCCAAAUCUGUUACCAAACUUUGUCAGAAAGAACAUUGUAAAGUUGGCGGUCGUGCAGUUGUUGUUGUUGAUACUCCUGGUCUGUUUGACAGCAGUUUGUCCAACGAGGAGGUGAAUGAGGAGACGAUAAAAUGCGUUAACCUUCUGGCUCCUGGACCACAUGUCUUCCUGUUGGUGAUACAGAUUGGAAGAUUCACACCUGAAGAGAAGGAGACUUUGAAUCUUAUCAAAAAAGGUUUUGGGAAAAAUUCAGGAAAGUUCACCAUCGUUCUUUUUACAAAUGGAGACACGCUGGAGUUUGAAAACAAGUCUAUUAAAGAGUUUAUUGCAAAUGAUCCCGAUACAUUUGGGAAGCUGAUCUCUGACUGUGGAGGGAGGUACCACGUGUUUAACAACCGCGAUGUGAACAACUGCGCACAAGUCAGUGAACUUAUAAAAAAGAUCGACAACAUGGUGAAGGAGAAUGGAGGAAGCUUCUACACCGAUGAAAUGCUAGAAGAAGCUGAAGCAGCAAUUCAGAAAAAAAUGAAGAAAAUCCUGCAGGAGAAUGAAGAAAAGAUGAAGAGAGAAAAAGAAGACCUUAAAAGAAAGCAUGAUGAAAAAAUUGAAGAAAUGAAAAGAAAAAUGGAAGAAGAGAAAGAAAAACUCAAACAAGAAGCUAACAAGAAACUAAUGGACAUGAAGGAAAAAAUAGAUAAAGAGCAUGAGCAGAGAAAGAAAGAAAAGCAAGAAAGAGAAAGAGAGAACAGGAUAAAAGAAGGUAAAGAAGAAUGUCAACGCCAGAAUAUGAAAAGGCAACUUGAAAGGUUAGAGAAACAAAUUCAGUCCGAAAAGGAGGAGAAGAAAAACAUCACCAAAGAGCUGGAAACGUUAAGAGAGGAGAAGAGAAAAUAUGAGACCUGGGAAAAAGAAUGCAAAGAAGCGUGGGAGAUCCAAAAACAGGAAGAGGAAAAGAGAAGACAGGAUGAGCAGAGAAAUCUGAGAGAACUUGAAGAACAGUACAAGAAAGAAAGAGAAAGAUAUGAGGAAGAACGUAAGAAAGAGGAUCAGAGCAGAAGAGAACAGGAAGAAAAGGAACAGAAGAAAUUAGAGGAAGAAAUAAAGAAUCUGCAUCAGAAAUAUGAAGAGAAAGCUAGAGAGGAAGCUGAAAAAUCAAACGAGUUCCAAGAGAAAUGCAAAAAAGAGUUUGAUGACCAGAAGAAAACACUCGAGAAACAAAUAAGUGACAAAGAAGAAAAGUAUGACCUGCUGAAGGCUCUAGCAGCACACAAAGAGAAACAAAAGAGGGAUGAGCACCGGGCAGCGAUCAACGACUUGGUGAAGUGUGUGUCCAAGAAGAGCGACAACGUGAAAAAAUUCAAAGAUUUACUGACGAAGCACGAGGAAGAAAUGAAACUAGAGACAAAUAAAGCAGAACAAGAAAAGCUGCAGACAAAACAUGAAACUGAGACGACUAACUUGAUAGAGACACUUCUCAGUGAAGCUCAGACGCCGUCUCGUUGUUGCAUUUUAUAA